GUAAUGUAAAUUAUUCAGGGUGUACUUUGUAAGUUGAAAGGUCACGGAGCAGAAUUUCAUGUUGUAGUACGUGUGCUUCUGACAGGCUAGCCAGCUAGCUGAAGUUACAGAAUUGCAGUGGGAAUCAUGGUACUACUUGAAAACGACUCGUUUUUGACGGAGCUGACACGGCUGUUCCAGAAAUGCAGGACCACAGGCAGUGUUGCCAUCACGUUAAAGAAAUAUGACGGGAGAACCAAACCAGUCCCCAGAAAAGGCCACCCAGAGAGUUAUGAACCAGCAGACAACAAGUGUCUACUCAGAGCGUCAGACGGCAAGAAGAAAAUCAGCACAGUGGUUAGCACCAAAGAAGUAAUCAAGUUCCAGAUGGCAUACUCUAACCUCCUGAGAGCACAUAUGGACGGCCUUAAGAAGAAAGACAAGAAAAGCAAAAGCAAGAAAACCAAAGCCACCCAAUGAGCAACAGACUCUUUCAUAGCAUACUGGCGGAACCCAGACUUGCCUGUACCACCUCCAAACACUCGUAACUAUCAUCUCUACCCCCAUCCUUCCUGCUGCUGGCUGCGGCCCACAAUCUUCCACCUGGGGACUGCUUUGACAGCAUGCCAUUGUUUACACAGCAGUGUCUCCUCCCUGGCCAGUGAAUGGUAUCGGGAUGAAGGGAGCGUUGAGGAGUUUAACACUCAGAGGAUACUAUAAGUGAGCUGCCUUUUUAGAUCAACCCCCCCACCCCCAUGUCAACAUCUCUGGCUUGGAUCCAAGUUACACAGAGAGCUGCAUCGUUUAUGUAGUCACGGAAAGGAUGGAGCGUGUUGAUAAAAUGCCUUUCAAAUCGUUUUCAUUUUAACUACUACCUAUUUAGUCAUUUCGGUUUGCAUGCAUCAAUUUGAUUACAUGUUCACUAAAGUUCUGAUUUACUUUCCAACUGGACCUUGUCUUAACCAUUUAUGGAUAGAUGAUUAAAUGUGUAACUAUAUACUAACUACGAGUGAAGCUGCCAAAUACAUUUGUUAGGGUUGGGGCUGAAUGUUUCUUUUGCCCUUCGGGAAAUGUUAGAUUAUUAUAUUUUAUGGUGGAAAGUGAGAUACAGAAUUGUUUUUGUUUUUACUUAAGAAGAAAUUAUUAAAUGGG